AUGACUCAGGAGGAGUAUGUUGGUCGAGAGGAGAUGUUGGAUACAAAGCCUCAUGCGGAUCAUGGAAAAAUGACCAUCUGGGUACUCGCCCCCAGGUCGGAUCCUACCACCACUGACUUUUUCAGUUCAUGUGAAACAUACCAUCGAGAGGCAAUUGUCUCGGGUGAACCGAAUUCAGUCGCGUACGGAAUUGCAUCGGUCUUCACUGCUGAGCGACACCGCGGCAAAGGAUACGCAAAGCACCUCAUGCGUCUCCUUCACUUUGUCCUUAUCAAACCCGAACUUCUUCCACCGUUUCCCGCUGCCGCCUGGGGUGAGCCACCGUCUGUUCCGGAGGGAUUGGGCAAAGGGGUCGCAUCCGUGCUGUACAGCGACGUCGGGGAUGGGUUCUAUAACAAAUGUGGACCCGGAGUCGGAGAUGAGCAUUUGGACAAGGCUUGGAUUACCCAUGAUCCUAAUGGGACGAUAUGGCCAGUCACGAUCGACAUUACAGAUUCUAGGCCAGAGGGAUUCCGGUGGAUCUCUAAUGAGGAACAGGAGAGGGUCUGGAAACGAGAUGCUGAGCUUCUGCGGACCGAACUCGCGACCGAACCAUCUACCUCGACGACAUUUUCCUUCCUCCCAGAUAACGGAGUGGCCCAGUUUCUCUAUGAGAGGAACAAAAACUUUGUUCCUAGCUCAUGGAAGGGUGACAGAUGGGGAGCACUGAUUGAAACCCCCGAAGCGUUUUCAUUUGCGACAUGGGCACUGGAUCCCGGGCCGUCGGGUCUCUCGACACUGAUCAUCACACGCUUACGUGCGACUGAAGAGAGCUUCCCGGCACUUCUUUAUGCAGCGGUCCAAAUCGCUCGGGAGUUGUCACUCGAGAAUGUCGAGGUGUGGAACCUGCCGCCGCACCUUGCUCAGAUUGGAGAAAAGCUAGGAGGAAAGACGGGUCCAAGAGACGAGCAUUUACCUGGUUUAGCAUGGUAUGGAAGCAAGAAGGUUGUGUGGGAGCAUAACGAAAAGUUUUGUUGGUGUUGA